CUAGCAAUGAUGGCGGACGGCGAGUCAGCAGGAACAGAACAGACGGGUGGCAGCAAGAAAAGAAACUACAGGAAAGACAAACCCUGGGAUCACGAGGGAAUUGACCAUUGGAAAAUCGAACCAUUCUCAAAUGAAGACAAUCCUCAUGGCAUGAUAGAGGAGAGUUCGUUCGCAACUUUAUUUCCUAAAUAUAGAGAAAAAUACCUGCGGGAGUUCUGGCCUUUGGUGGAAAAGAAGUUGAAGCUCAGCGUGUUUUAGAAGAUGAUGUUGCAUGUGACAUCAUUAAGAUAGGAUCUCUUGUUCGUAACCGAGAAAGGUUUGUGAAGAGAAGACAAAGGCUGCUAGGUCCAAAUGGAGCUACAUUAAAGGCUCUUGAAUUACUCACACAAUGUUAUAUCAUGGUACAAGGCAAUACUGUGGCAUCACUUGGUCCAUACAAAGGACUUAAACAGGUUCGUAAAGUGGUGGAAGACACAAUGAAGAACAUACAUCCGAUUUAUAACAUCAAGACACUAAUGAUAAAGAGAGAGUUAGCCAAAGAUCCAGAGUUGAAAAAUGAAUCUUGGGACAGAUUUUUGCCCAAGUUUAGACAGACCACUGCAAAGAAGGUUAAGAAAGCCAAGUUUAAGAAGAAGGAAUAUACUCCAUUCCCUCCGCCUCAAACAGAGAGCAAGAUUGAUAAACAGUUAGCCAGUGGUGAAUAUUUUCUACAAGAAAAAGAAAGGAGACUGAAAGCUCAGCAGGAAAAGAAGGUACAGAGUACAUCUGAAUAA